CAAAACAAACCUAACCUUAAGGUGCCAAAAUUGUGUGAAUGUCUAUAAAUUUUUUAUAAAUAAUAUAUAAUUAUAAAAAAACCCCAUCAAAUGUAGGUUUAAUAUUUUUUUAAAAAAUUGAAAUUUUCAAAUACGAAAAAUAUGCCGCAAUCUUCCGAGGAGUUAUUAUCACCUCAAGAUAUUCUUGCUGAUGUCAGAAGAUUUAUUUCUGGAGCAGCAAGACCAUCUCAUUCAACAAAUACUUUAGAACUUACAAGAACUGGUUUAUCUUUAUUAAAAAAUGUCCCAGCAGCAAGAGAUGCUGUUUUAGAAUAUUUAUGUAAUGUAUUUUCCGUAGCGGUAAAUAAACAUGUUAGACAAAUUGAGAAUAAUCAAUGUUUACCGAUACCGGAGGAAAAUACAAUUGCAGAAAUUCAUUCGGUUUUAAGUGGUUUUAUUAGUUGUAAUCCCGAAGCAUGGGCACCAAUUAUUUCAGCUUGGACAUUAGAUUUAUUAGGUAAAUUAUCGUCAGACUAUGCGAAUCGUGGUAAUUUAAAAGAGAAAUCAUCGGGAAUUAAUGAUUUUCUACAUCAAUGGAUGUCAUGUAGAACGACAAGAACACUUAUUGAUAUAACAGCACAAUGUCUACAAUGUCUUAUGUUUUCGGACACGGAAUCUUGUAUUAAUGCCUUACUAAAUACAAGUGUUUUACAUAGUCCACAUUUUGAUUGGGUCGUUGCACAUGUGGGAAGUUGUUUUCCCAAUACAGUAAUAACACGAGUUCUAACUUGUGGUCUCAAAGAUUUUUGCGCCAAUGUCAAUAAUCCAAAAUUAAAUUCAGUUGUUGGUAUUCUUGGUCAUUUAGCUGGGAGUCAUUUUAUCGAUAUUAGAACUGCACUUCUUGAUCUAUUUAAAUGGAGUCUGGAUGAGAACACAAAUAUGGACGGAGAAUCUAGGGUCCAUAAAUUGGCAACUGUUCCUUUUCUACUAAAUUUAGCGAAACUCUCGCCAAUGUUGUUGAAAGCAUUAACAACCGACGUGUUGCAAAUUUUGAGGCCGGACGUUAUUCCUCGAUUGGCAUUAUUCGCCAAUGAAUGGUGUAGAUAUUUCAGUAAUAGUCCAGAAGUUUUAAUUGAUAUCACCGUUGAAUUAGCAUUGGGAUGUGAACAAGGCGCUGUGCAAAUUAUAAAUAUGUUACUUGAUACAAGUUUAAAUAACAGCAAUGUGGGCUAUCAUAGUGUUAAUGCGGCACAAAGUGUCAAGAGUGUAUGUCGUGAAAUUUUGGAAUUAAUUUUGGAGAAAAUUGAUUUUCGAAUUAGAUCACUAAUUCCGAAUCAGGUUUUCAAUAUUUCUUUGUUGAAUUCGAUUAAACAAGAUUUAACGGCUGUGAUACCACUUUUGUUAAAUUCGAGUCCAUUAAAAGUACAAACGGCCGUUCGUUUAUUAUCAUUACUCGGUACACAGUGUCCAAAUGUUUUAAUAUUGUCAGCUACUCAUAUGCUAAAACAAGCGGAUACAAAUUUUCAUUUGGCUGCACUUAUUCGUUUAAUUUCAAAUAAUGCUGUUGGAUUUGCUGCAAGGAAAUCUGACGUUGAAAAUACACUUUUGAGUCAUGGUUAUUUUACUCAAGUUUUGGAACAUUCUAUUAGAGAAAUUCAAUAUACCAGUGGUAGUAACAGAGAAAUUCAACAGUUGUUUAAAAAUUUAACAAUUUUAUUGAGGUGGGAGAAUUCGAAUAAAGUUUCCUGUCUAAGAUUUCGAAUGAUUACAAACGCAAUUCGAGCAAAUUUACAACAAAUUUCAUCUCUUUUAUUAAAAACACAGGAUUUUUCACUAGCAAACGAUAUUGCUUGUAUGUUGGAUUGUUUAACACCUUUUGAAAAUGAUCAUUAUCUACCAAGUGUCGAAUUGACGUUAAAAUUGACAAGAGCGAUUAUUCGUUAUUUUUUCCUUUGUAUUGCAGAAGAUGACAUUAUCACAAAGGAGCGCGGUGUUAAAAUAGUUUGUCAUUUACUGAGACUUUUGACAGCUUAUUCAGCAUGUGCAAGAACUUUGGCCCUCAGGGAAUUAUUGGCGUUUUCAUUAUUUAAUGGACCGGCAAAAUAUUUUGGAGCACGAGAAAAAUUUGAAUCUCGUGUUGAGGAAACUUUUCUUCUUCAACAAAAUCAUAAACAGGGCACGAGCGCAAUGUUGGCGCAAAGACAUUCUUCGGUUUUUCACGCUGGCGUUAUUGGUCAAGGUCCGAGGAAACCACCUCCUGAAAAUAAUAUCGAUAAAGAAAUUAUUACUUUAAAUAGUACACUGCUCAUGGAUGUAAUAAAGGCAUGUUGCUGUAAUCACGAUCCGAACAACAGAAGAUAUUCAGUUAAUUCUGAUACUUUAACAAUGGUCAGUUUAUUAUUAGUUGAAUUAGUAUCUCCCGAUGUGAUGUAUAAUGGACUUCCUUGGCCCGAUGAAGAGUUUACUAAGGUGACAGUGGAAAGAGAUUUGCAAAUUAGACGAACCUUCAAGGAAGUUCCUAUACUUUGGACAUUAUUGGCUCUUACAGCUUGGUACCGACCUGCCUUGGCCUAUUGUUCUGUACUACUUCGUGCAAUUUCAGCAACAAUAAUUGCCAAUUGGAAUGCAACAGAAGGUGCAUCAUUAUCAAAUGUAAUGGCACUUGGACAAUUACUGCCUCCUCCGCUCGCGAGUAUAAGAGAUAUUCUCCCAGUUCUGGAAUCUCAACAGAUAAACACAAUAAUGCGAGAGUGCAUUUGGGCGUAUAUGCACGAAAAUGUUCCUUCACCGGCAUUAUUCACAAGAUGUGAAGGAGCAAAUGUUGCCUGGCGAGAUACAGACAGUUCUAUUCCCAGUAUUCGUUAUACGGAAACUUUACGGCUCAUUUUAAUAGCAAAUAUUCAUAAACUUGGUCCACUUUAUUCGACACUUUUCUACAAUGAGCACAAAUAAUUAUCACAAUUUGAAAAUGAUGGAUUUUAAAUCAAUUUAUAAUGUACACAAUGUAAAAAAAAACUUUGCAAUUAAUAUUUUUAUAUUAUUAAAAUUUUCGAUUUGUCUUUUUAAUUAAAAAAUUAUUAAAUCCUUAUACUAUAUAAAUAAUUUAAAUACAAAGAAAAACCAGUUUAUAUCAAUUGCAUUUUCAAAACGAAAUUCCAUUUUCAAGUAAGAGUUUUUCUCACAAUGGCGUUUUAAAUAAAAUGAAUUAUAAUUUCAUUAAAAAUUUAUGUUUAUAUUUGUUUUCGAAUGAACAUCAAUUGCCAAAAAAAAGGGGAAAUUAGAUGGCAAGCACUAAAAAAAAAUUAAAUGACAAAGACAUCGGAAUAGUAAAUAAAAUUAAUAAAUUAAUUAAUUUUCUAAAAAUAUUUAAUUGUGAUUCAUAAUAUUCAACUUAUUUUCUUUUUGUUGUUAUUCAACAAAAAAAAAAUUGAAUUCUUAAUCACGCAAAUAUAAUCAAUUCUUAGAAAAACUAUAUUUUGAAAAAAAAAUCUUAACACCAAAAAUAAUUUCUUAAUAGCUUGUCAGUUUACUUAUAAUUUAACUUAGUUUAAUUUUUUCUAAAAAAAAGAAAAAAAUUCAUUUAGUGAAAAAUUGAAACUGACAAACUAUUUUCAUUAAAGAAAUGUGUGGAAAAUUUUUUUACAGUGAAGGUAUUUUGUCUCUACUACAACUAUCUUAAAAUCUUCAUACAAUCAGCAACACUUAGAAAACAUUACUUUUUGUCGACACGCACACGGUACUAUUUAUAUAGGUAUUUUAUUUUAAAUUAAUAAAUGCAUUCCCCAUUCAUAAGUAGUUUCGAAGAAUUCAAUUCAAAAAAAUUUGCAAAAUUCGACGAAAAAUCUUUACACACUUUUAAUAUUUUACAAAGAGUCAAGUUUUUAUGUAUAAAUUACGAAAGUAAAGAAUAAAAAUUUGAUUUUGAUAAUUCAUAACUUUUUCCAAUUAAUAAUGGCAUGAUUUUUUCCCUCGUUUAUUCUUUUUGUACACUGAAAAUAGGAUUUUUUUUGAGGCGGAGAGGUGAGUGGUAAGGAAGACAACGAGAGUAGUUUGAAAUUUUUAUAAAAGCUGUUUUUUUUCUUCUCUUGAUUACAAGAGAUCCAAUCUUAAUAAUUUAAAUCUUAAAGAGUCAAAUUUUCUCACAACUUGCACAAUAAUUUUCCUUGAGUCGUGUGAUCGAUGGAUAAAUCACGAAAAUUAAUUAAUAUAUUUAUAUAUAAAAAGUUUUUCUUCAACGUUCACAUGACUCGAGGAAUGUAAUUAAUUUUACGUUUGCAGUAUUGUUAACAAUAAUAAUACAGGAAUGAUGGUAUUGCAAGCGAACUGGAUUAAUCAGUCGCUAAAACGAAUGCGCGCCUCGUCCUGUAAAAAUUACAUUGCGAGUAUUGCAUUAUAUGUCGAUAUAAAUCACGCGUACUCACUGAGUCUUUAUUUCAUUUUUUUUCUUUUUGCAACCCUCGAUAAAUCGAGAGCUUCAAAAACAACUUAUGCCAAGAAUUAUUUUGAGGGCCACCACCUUAAAAAAAAACAAAA